AUGUCGACCAGAGCUUCACGUCACAAGUCCUGCCUAAAAUGCAUCCAAACGAAACGAAAGUGCGAUCGAAUGCAGCCCAGAUGUCGACGCUGCAUUGCGAGUAAUACAGAAUGCCAAUACAUCGGGCGAAAUCGUUUUCCGCAACAGCCGAGUAUACAACCUGGCGAAGCAGAUCACUCCUUUCCUCUCCCGACAGAGCCGGUAGACGGAACUCAACCACUAGCCAACUGGCAGCUGCAGCCAUACCACACAUCUUCCAUGGUAUCGUUACCAACUUUAUAUCUAGAUGAUACCGUUUUCGAAUUUCCCAAUCAUCCUUUCAACCUGGGAGAUAUGCCUGUCGCCGUACAGAUCCCCAGUACGAACAUUUGUAUGGAACCCCCCAUCACACCGCCCAACACAGCAGAAGCGAUAAUCCGGCCUCGAGUAGAGUUUGUAGCGAAACGCCUGGCAGCUAUCCCACGUCGCUUUGCCUCGCAAGCUCAAACCAUGUUUAUACAUCGAAUGCACUUCCAGUAUACAUGUCCGACUGCUCUGCAAGAUGCGAUGAGUGCUUGUGCGUUGUAUAGCAUCAAGACUGAAGCCAAUCAGGCUUUGGUCUUUGGUCACGUGCAGCAGAAAUGCCAGCAGCUUGUCACGAGCACGGAUGCGCAAUCUGCAUCGAAAAUGGAGCUUCUUGCGGCUCUGCAGUCUUUGGUGUUGUAUCAGAUGAUCCGCCUUUUUGAUGGAGAUGUUCGUCUCAGAGCUCUUGCUGAAGCCGAUGAAUCGGUUACUUUGCAAUGGGCAAAUCGACUCAAGAUUCUGCUACGUGACGGUGCGGUAGUGCGGCACAACGCGGCUUCUUCUCCCAUUACACGAGUAGGUUUUCAUACUUCUUCUUCUCCUUCUUCACCGAGGGACAUUUCGGUCGAGUCGUCGGACAAUUGGCAAUACUGGCUCACUACCGAAUCAAUACGGCGAACGAUUAUAACAACCCAUGUCCUCAGCGGUAUAUACAAUUUCCUCAAACUUGGAUAUGAUGGUCCAACACCAGAUCUUCGUGUGUCUUUUACCGCGCAAACAGCGCUGUGGGGUGCACAGAGUGAGAGCGGGUGGCGCUGGGCGCGCGAGGAUGCUAAUGUAGAGAAUCUGGAGAUAUGGGUCGAGCGCUGGGACGAGGCGAUUAUGAAGGCGAGGCCGGAGGAUUUGGAGGACAUGGGGGUUUGUGUCAUGGUUAUGUUGUGGGGGGUUGAGGGGGCGAGGGGGUGGUUGGGUAGGGAAUUUGUGGCGAGGUUUGGGCUAGAUGGGAUGUAG